GAUGCCUUUGGCCGCUCGGAGGACGGACUGUUAGGAAGGUUCAAUGCACCGGAGUGGGCAGCCCAGGUCCCUUCCCCCAGCGACUCCCGUGAGAUAGUCGUUGGGACGCGGGACGCGCCUGCAAAGGAAAGGCUACUGCUGAGCCUUAGGAACCGCCUGGCAUUCACCUGGGGCAGUGAGCUUGGUACCCACUCACCGCUGCGUCCUGCCGCCGAGCCAACAGCACUGCACGCUGACGCCACCGCCGCGACGCACACAAGUUGGAGGUGACCGCGGACACCAGCUGCAGCUCAGCUUUGCUGGACCUCGGGGAUUCCGGCUAGCGAGCCUUUCAGAAAGAACGCCCACCCCCACCCCAGGACUGCGUGGAAGGACGCUACCGAUUCGCCGAGAGGGAACCCCCUCCGAGCUUCCUGCAGCCGGCAGUGCGCGGCGCCUAGAGGUUCUGAGAAGCCGGAGCAGCACAGCGCGCAGCCGGGGCUCCAGCGCAGCAGCCGGCAGCCGCGGAGCCGGCGAAGGGGCGUAGACCGGGCGGCCCUGCGCCCACGGCGCCGACCAUGGCAGACAGCGGCGGGUCGGGGCCCUGGUGGAAAUCGCUAACGAACAGCAGGAAGAAAACCAAAGAAGUCCCCGCAGGGGCGCAGCCGCCUGCCCCGCCGGCCCCCGCGGAGACCCCGCCGCCCGCGCCGCCCAGCCCCGACUGGACUAGCGGCUCGAGGGAGAACCAGCACCCCAAUCUCCCCGGCGGCGCCGGCGAUGCCCAAAAGUCAGACAAGUGGGGCGGGGAGAAAGGCGGCAACAGCCGCCGCAAUUUAAAGAUUUCGCGCUCCGGCCGCUUUAAGGAGAAGCGGAAAGUGCGCGCCACGCUGCUCCCCGAGGGAGUCCAGUCCCCCGAGGAGGCGGGCUGCCCCGGGGACCCCCACGAAGACAAGCAGUAGCCUCAGCGUUGCAGGAUCGUCUCUCCCCGACCCUUCUCCCCAACCCCCUCCCUUGUUCUAAACCCUACACCCCACCCCACCCCAGGGACGGGGCGUCUCACCCCACCAAAUUCAGAAUAUUCGCGCGGGAGGCUCUCUCCACGGUUUUAUUUCCCUGGAAAUCGAAGUGUCAGAUGAGUUUCCAAUAUUUCAUGGCCCAAGCACGGACUAUUUGUGUUGAGUAAGAGCUUGAUGACUGGCCCCAGAGGAAGCUGGAGGCGUUGUUUUUCAAGAGUUGUUUUGUGGCUUUCAAGGGCUGUGUCACCUGGGGCCACCGGGAAAGUACUUUGCGAAGAUGGGAGCUCAGCUGGAACCUCAUGGAAGGAGGGAGGGCUCGGAUUCUGGAUCUGCCAUUGGAGAGCAAUUAGGACUGUUUGUAAAGCCUGAGAAAUGCACUUUAGAAAUAUUUGGGUAGGCUGAUACCUUAAGGCAAGGGCUGGGAGAUGGCAGAAGCGUUCUUAAGCGCAAUUAAGCUAAGGCAAGAUUGCUAUUAAUAUUGAACUACAAAACUGUUCAGCCCGUUUUAGUGUGGACUAUUAAAAUUGUUGCACUGUUAAACUUCAGAUGACUUUUGCACUUUUUCCAUUGCCCAUCAUC